AUGGUCCUUGUUGACUAUCCAGAUUCGAGCUCUGAAAGUGAGGAUCAAGGCACAACCAAAGAGCCUAUAAAGCAAAGGUGUGGGAAACGAAAAGCUGAGCGCAUGGAACCAGAAGGACCGGAGUCCAGUGGGCGCAAACCUCCUCCGCCGCCCUUACCAAGUUCUUUUCACUCGCUUUACGCAACCAACGUAAGAAGUUCGACUACCGAUGACCCUUCCUUGCACGCUGGUCGCACGCGUCAAGUUCCCCAUGCGGUAGGUAACUGGCCCACUCAUGUCUACCUUGAGUGGUACCCAUCAAAGUGCGACCUUGUGAGCCUCGAUACGGUGGUACAGAAAGCAGGUCUGGCAUUAGGAGGUACGAAUGAAGGCUCGAAAAUCGAUGUACACAGCUUCCUUCACUCUGACUUGGGUGCACCCUUACCACUUCACAUCAGCCUAUCCGCGCCCCUUGUCUUAAGGACGGAGCAAAAGAAACAAUUCCAUGCCCGUCUCGAAUCAAGGUUGAGGGAGGGGCGCAUCCAGCCAUUCAGGGUCAAGGUGUCAGGACUCGACUGGGUACCGAAUCACGACAAAACAAGAUUCUUCUUAGUUCUGAAGCUCAUGAAGCCUGAAAACGAUGAAUUAAACAGGUUGCUGUCAAUAUGUAAUGCGGUUACCCGGCAAUUCAACCUGCCUCAACUCUAUGAGGGACCCUACGACACCCGCAAAGCUCCGAAGUCGCUGCAAGCGAGCAAGACAACACGCAAAGUGACUGAUAAGUCGGAUGCCUUUCAUGUCAGCAUAGCUUGGACUCUUGAUGAGCCACACGAUAGAGCCAGGCAAGAGCUCAUCCGUCUUGUAGAUGACAAGUUGCGAGCGUUGGAGGUGAGCUUCCCACUUCUCAAGCUCAAAAUCGGGAAUUCUGUGAUCGAUAGUCCUUUUACAGCCGGUUGUGGUGGAACCAUGAAUGACAACCAUAUCGGUUCGGUUGCCUUGUGA